CUGAACACCAGAUGGCGUGUUGUUUGUUGCUAACUAAUGAUUGACCACCGGAAAAGAACGGAGACGUCGAUGAUCGUUGUGAGUUCGUUUUAUAGAGAGAAUUCUGUAUCUUCACGCGGAAUCGAAUUCAAAGCUUGAACUCGAAAGCGGUUUUACCAACACAAAUUAUGGGGUCGUCAAAGAAACACAAAGAAAAGAGUCGCGAUAAGGACACAGAGGAUCGCCGCCGCGAACACAAGAAACAUCGCCACAAGGAUCGUGAUGUUUCGGAUCGAGAUAAAGACAAACGAAAACGUUCCAGGUCCCGGGAGAAAAGCAGCCGAGAGAGCCGCAGUAAAGUUGAGAAAAGCAGCGGUGAGCCUCGUGUGAAAAAAGAAAAGGUUGACCCUGGUUAUGAAGAGAAAGGUGCAGAAAUUGAACCUCAUUCUGCCAGCGGAGAUGCUUCGCUCAGUAUUGAUGAAACAAACAAACUCAGAGCAAAGCUGGGCCUUAAGCCAUUGGAGUUGAAUGAGACCAAGAAGGAGCUUGGUACCAAAGAGGAUCCAAUGGUAGCCACAACUAUUAAUCCGGUUCUUAUUCAGCAGCAAAAAGACAUAAAAGAGAAGCUUGCUGCUAUGAAAGAAAAACGCCUACUUAAUCAGAAGUUAGGGAAAGUGAAGACCCUUGCUGAGGAUGACUGGCUAGAUGACACAGCUGCCUGGGUAGAAAAAAGCAGAAAGCUGUCGAAAGAAAAAGAAAUGGCUGAAAAAAGAGCCAAGCUCCUAGAGGAAAUGGAUGAGGAAUUUGGUGUGAGCAGUCUUGUAGAAGAGGAGUUUGCAAAUAUCAAGAAUGAUGCCUACACAUCCCAAGAUUUAAAGGGGUUGAAAGUGCAACACAAGGUGGAAUCAUUUGAUGAGGGUAAGACUGUCAUCCUGACCCUAGAAGACAAAGGUGUUCUUGAAGAAAAAGAAGAUGUGCUUGUGAACGUAGGUCUGGUAGACAAGGAAAAAGCUGAAAAAAAUAUUGAGUUGAAAAAGAAAAAGCCAGACUACAAGCCAUACGAAGAAGAGGAAAGUGUGGAUGAUAUGGUUACAUUCAAGUCUCGCUCAGUCCUUUCAAAGUACGAUGAAGAAAUUGAUGGUGAAAAAAAGAAAAGUUUCCGGUUGAACACUGGGGGCUUCGCUGAUGGUGAGCGGGAGCGCGAGCUCCAGGCCAUGAAAGAAACUCUGCGUAAUCAGGCCCAAUCUUUGCAACUGCCCGCACUCACAAUCGCCUCAGAGUAUUAUACACCUCAGGAAAUGGUUUCCUUUAAAAAGACAAAAUGCCGCAUUAAGAAAAUCAGAAAAAAGGAGAAGAAAAUGGCCGUGCAGGAACAACUCCCAGAUGACACUCGUACUUCUGAUUUUGGCUCUAGAACACGUGGUCGGGGCUGCAGACAGCUGGAGGAGGACAAUGAGGAAGUAAAAGAGGUGGAGAGCAGAGUGCAAAACCAAAUCCCCUUGUUGUCUGAUGACAUCAGGAUGACAGAAAUGGACAUUAGUGAUGAUGAAGACUUCGUAGUUCCUGAGGCUGUUGCAAUUGAAGAGGACGAGGCAGAGCAAGAACUACAGAAACAGCUUGAGAAGCAAAGGAAGCUGAAGCAAAAACAGCUCCUUAAAGACUCUGGGGAGAAAGUAGUGGAGCAGACUAAAAUCCAUAUUGAAAAGCAGAACGAAAAUGAUGCUGAUCGAAAGAGCAACAUUGUAUUCAAUGCUACUUCAGAGUUUUGCAGGACUCUGGGUGACAUUCCAACCUAUGGACUGUCAGGUAACAGAGAGGACCAAGAAGAUAUCAUGGAUUUCGAACAGACAGAAGAGAAAGAUGAUGCUGGAGAUUCAGAUUCAGAAAUGGAUGAAAAUGUUGGAUGGAGCACAGUGAAUUUGGAUGAAGAGCAAAAACAACCUGACUUUGCCACAGCUUCGGCCACCAUUUUAGACGAGGAACCCAUCGUCAACUCUGGCCUUGCUGCUGCUUUGUUGUUGUGCACAAAAAAGGGUAUGUUGGACACUCAAAUGCAGAAGGUAGCCCGUGUCAAAGCUACAAAGGGAGCCUUGCCUAACGUUAAUUACUGCAUUGAAGACAAGAUGGGAUUUGAUGAUAAGUACAGUCGCAGAGAAGAAUACAGAGGCUUCACGCAAGAUUUCAAGGAGAAAGAUGCAUACAAACCAGAUGUCAAGAUUGAAUAUGUCGAUGAGUCCGGGCGGAAACUCACCCCAAAAGAAGCAUUCCGGCAACUUUCUCAUCGCUUUCAUGGAAAAGGGUCAGGAAAAAUGAAAACAGAGAGGAGAAUGAAAAAGUUGGAAGAAGAGGCCCUGCUGAAAAAGAUGAGCAGCAGUGAUACUCCCCUAGGAACUGUGGCUCUGCUUCAGGAGAAACAGAAAUCUCAGAAAACACCAUAUAUUGUGCUCAGUGGAAGUGGGAAAAGCAUGAAUGCAAAUACCAUUACUAAAUAAGUGAAAGCUAAAUCUUCAAAUGUAUAAAUGGCCACACUGUUUUUGUUUUUGUUUUGUUUUUUGUUUAUUUUUUUAGUGGCACAAAAAAAUUAUAGGCAUUGCUGUUAAGGUUGAAUUAAAAAAAAAUUGGUCAUGAUGAAAGAGGAGCUCAAUGUGUUUGACUAUGAUUUGACAUAUUUCUUGUUAAGUCAUUAUUUUAUGGCAUUUCAGAUCAUGGUGAAUAAAUGUAAUACAGUCUUUUUAAUUUACAGUUCUUUUGUGCAAAAGCUGAUUUGAUUGAUAAGUGUUUUACAAUAGAUCACAAUAAACUAUCUUCUACAUG